AAAUACUCCCUGCUACUAGCGGAAAAACAGCUGUUGAAAACACUGGUAGGCUAGAAAAGCUCAGCAAAAGAAGCCCCCCUCCCCCAAGCAAUGCUACACCUGUAUCACCCUUUGUACCAGCUGGAGCUGCAAGAGCUCUUGUAGCUUGAUUGCCUGAACUGCAUGACUUAAGACUGUUAGAAAAGAAGGUUUCCUGACCUUUCAGUCCUUCAGGGGACUGAAAGUCGUGCUUUCAAUUCAAAACCAGAGAAAUAUUUGAUGCAGUUAGUGAGCUGGCUUGGUCUGCUCUGUCUCCUGCAGUCAUGAUUUGGGGGUUUGGGUCUUGAUAGGUGACUUUGUAUCAUGCAAGUAUCUAUCUAAAUUUAUUUUGAAAAGCCUCUAGAAAAUGAAAGCAGACACUCGCAGUUCUGCAAGUUACGAAAAUUACUGUGCAAGGAUUAAGGGAAGGUACUGUGAGAAUUCUGAACUAUGGGUCUUGCAGCAUUGUGAAUAGAGCCUUGUUGCCCUACACUUUUUCACAGACUAACUGGAUACGAGGAAGAGGGUCUGUGCUCAGUUUUAAUGUUAACCUACCUGCAGCUCUCUGCUAGGUGUUUUUCUAGGAAUGUGGCCAAACUGGGAACAUGCAAGGAAAAGGCAGUUGUGUAAGAAAGCAGGUUCUGAAGAAACAGGUGCAAGAAUUGGAAGUAUGCACUGGUACAGCAGAUCAGAAUAUGAUGUUGUCUGAUCCUGGGCUUGCAACAGGUUCAUCCAUCUCUGCCUGGGCAUGAAGGAGGGUGCUGAUACUGCAGUGCCUUGACACCAACAUUUACUCCUGCCUGGGGAAUCUGCUGCUAUAUCUUAAUACUAAAGCUGUGAGCUCUGGAAUUCAUAUUGCUGUAAGCACUGAGAUGGAGACAAUUUAUUCCAUCCUCUUCUUUCCCUCCUUUUAAAUCAAGAGCUUGUUAAUGCAACUUACGUCAUAUGCAAAAUAAUUACUUAGGAAACUAAAUGCUAGUCUUGGCACACCUGUGCCAGGUGUUUCCAGGAAAUAAAAACUGGUUUAUCCGUGAGCAUUUUCUUCCUUUGGAACAGUUCUCUUUACUGUCAUAAUUGUCAGUUUUCUUGAAAUCCAAGCCUAAAAAUAGUUUUCAUUUCCCUUCACACUAUAGAAAGAUUAAUCACCUUGGAAAUACUUUGGGCUUCUUUCUUCUUACAUUUAAAAGCUGCUUGUAGAGAUACCUUAAGUUCAAAAUCUUGUGUGUUAGCUGGAAUUCAGGAUAUCCUCAUUGCAGCUCGUAACACUGAAGUAAAUUUUCUUGUUAAGCUGCAAGUUGGAUAUGUAAAAUCCUUUUUUCCAGUCUAAAAAUUCUGCUAAGCUGUUGUUGAAAGUCUUACCUAACUACAUUUGGAAUCUUAGCAGGCCAGGUAAAAGCUUUUAAACUGUAAACUCUUCAUGAUUACUGCAGCUAAGCUGAAAAGAUGCUCCAUACAGGCACAGGAAAUUCUUUGUAAACUAUAUCAGCAAACGGAUGCCUUGCUUUUUGUUGCAGAUUUCCUUGUCUGCUAGAGGGUAAGCGCAUGUGCACGUCUAUCUCAAGUUUAUCUGUGUUAAGGAAAUUACUGUGUGAUUAAGCACCCAUUCUAAUCUUCUCUUUCAUUUUUCUAGAAAUGCUGUGGCUGUUCUCUUACAAAGUGAUUUCACUGUUUCAGUGUUGUAUCAUCUUGCGUUGAGUAACGGAAGUUCUGCUGUUCAUUGAUCAAUGUGACAGUCUUUAGUAGUUUACGAGAUGAGCCAAACUCGUGGGAGAUAUGACUUCUGUAUUGGUCUGGUGUUGGCUAUGAGUUCCAGCAUCUUCAUCGGAGGAAGUUUCAUCCUGAAAAAGAAAGGCCUUCUCCGGCUAGCUCGGAAAGGCUCCAUGAGAGCAGGUCAAGGUGGUCAUGCAUACCUGAAAGAGUGGCUGUGGUGGGCUGGACUUCUUUCAAUGGGAGCUGGGGAAGUAGCGAACUUUGCUGCCUAUGCUUUUGCACCAGCUACGUUAGUGACUCCCUUAGGAGCUCUCAGUGUUCUCGUAAGUGCCAUUCUGUCAUCCUUCUUUUUAAAUGAAAAACUUAAUCUACACGGAAAAAUAGGGUGUUUGCUAAGUAUACUGGGAUCAACUGUGAUGGUAAUUCACGCUCCGCAAGAGGAGGAGGUAGAAACUUUGAAUGAAAUGUCCCACAAACUAGGGGAUCCAGGUUUUGUGGUCUUUGCAACUCUCGUUGUGAUUGUGUCUUUAAUUCUAAUAUUUGUGGUGGGACCUCGCCACGGACAGACCAACAUUCUUGUGUACAUAACUAUUUGCUCUGUAAUUGGAGCAUUAUCAGUCUCCUGUGUAAAGGGUUUGGGCAUCGCUAUAAAGGAACUUUUUGCAGGAAAACCAGUGUUAAAACAUCCCUUGUCUUGGAUUCUGCUGCUAAGCCUUAUUGUCUGUGUGAGCACGCAGAUCAACUAUUUAAACAGGGCUCUGGAUAUAUUCAACACAUCCAUAGUGACUCCAAUAUACUACGUAAUCUUUACAACAUCGGUUUUAACGUGUUCUGCUAUCCUUUUCAAGGAAUGGCAACACAUGGCGGCCGAUGACAUUAUUGGCACCUUCAGUGGCUUCCUGACUAUUAUUGUGGGGAUCUUUUUAUUGCAUGCCUUCAAAGAUGUUAAUUUCACCCUAGCGAAUCUGCCCCUCUCCUUGCGGAAAGAUGAGAGAGCAGCCAACGGUACUUUGACCACCUAUGACUGCUAUAAUCACGAUGAAGAAAGUUCUCCCUGUCUAGGUGAAAUGCAGUCGACUGAGGGUGUCUCAGGCAGGAGAAAUGGAAGUCUGUCAGCCUUCUGAAAAC